UGUCCUCCUUCCAGAGAGCAAAACAACAGGCAGAGUAUAAAAGGGGGAGCAGCGGGGGAGGAGACUUGUUUUCGUCCAAGAAGUCGCAGCGACACAGAUCUCAGCAGAGAAGGACCGUUUUUACCCAAAAAGGCCACGGCAGUGAGGAGGCACCACGGCGAUGUGGGCGUGGCUUAGCCUCCUCCUCACCCUCUGCCUGCUCCAUGGGGGCGGGGCGGAGAGCGAUGGGGGCGGGCCCCAGUGCCAACUACCUCCAGCCUGGAGGAUAGGGGAUGCGGCGCCUAUGGAAGGUGCCAUGGGCCACGUGACGGUGGUGGCACUUCUCCAGGCGAGCUGACUGUUCUGUUUGGUGCAGGCAUCCAGAAUGGAUCCUCUGCACCAAAAGCUGGAGGGUGAGGGUCUGAAGGGAGUGGUUUACAUGGUGGUGAACCACCAGGGGGCGCUAGCACAGCGCCUCCACCCCAUGCUGGCACAAAGGCUGUCAGUGAACAUUACUCUGCACAAACAGGACGAGCUGCAGCCCGACGUCUGGAAGACGCUGAACGGACAGAAAGAUGACUUCCUCAUCUAUGACAGAUGCGGCCGCCUGACCCACCACAUAUCACUUCCAUACUCCAUGAUUGGUCACGGCCACAUUGAGAGUGCAAUCAGAGAGGCCUACUGUAACCGUAUAUGUGGGGACUGCACAUAUGAGAGCACUGAGACCCUGGAGGAGUGCACUAAUACAGCAGCUGCACAGCCCGAUGCAGAUGUUGCCCCCGCGGCAGAGGAAGACACUCGACACGGGCACGGUCACCAUCACGGGCAUCACCACGGCCACGGCCACCACGGGGAUAAUAAUGGCGUUAACCCCCGUGGCCAUGAACACAGCAACGCUCAGCGCCAUCAACAUGGCCACGGACACCAGCAAGGUUCUAGUCACCAGGGGCACGAUCAAGGUGGUGGGAUGUCUCAGAGGCAGAUUCAUCUAGACAUAGGCCAGCUGCAGCAGCAGCACGCGGUGCAGCCCUGAGUCGCAGACAGAGCCCGGUGCAAGUCCAAGCAUAGCUGACAGUGGCCCGGCGCCUCCGACAACGAGGCCUCCCCCAAGGCGAGCUGAUGCUGACACUGACGCAGGCAGUUCGGGGACGCAGGGAGCGAGCAGCCGGUCGGCCUCUGACGCUGCGACGAGGCGCUGCCCGCCUCCUGCCAGUGACACGGGCCGAGCGGCGCCGCCGCCGCCGCCGUCGACGCCGCCGCCGUCAGGGAGACCUGACAGUGACGCUCGCCCCCUGCGGCCUGACAGCCGCCUCAGCCCGCCCAGUGAGCCUGACCCCCCGGUGUCGCCAGCUGAGCCUGACAGCAGCUGUAAGCGCGACGCCAGAAUACAGCCGAGGGGCUCUGUUUACCAACUAGUAUUACCCUGGGAGGGGGCGAGGCGGCGCCCGGCGGCGCGGCCGCGGGACGGAUCGCCCGUCUGCGGACGCCCGACGGGCCGCCGCUCUCGUCCUCUCUCGGGAGGGUUCGUGGUUGUCGUGUUCCUCAGCAGCCUGUUCCGCUUUGCCCUCUCCGUCCUUAAUGAAAGCAGACGCGGAAACUAUGCUCUAGUGGCGUCUGAGCGAUGUCAGGCAGGAGAGGGAGGAGAGGAGAGCUCAGGAACACCAUAAACACUUGGAGAGAUUUGAUGUUUAGUGAAGGGAUUUUUGAGGAGAAACGUAUCAGCAAAGAGUAGAUGAUGCUAUUGCAGUGCAUUCAGUUGUAUUUCCAUCCUUUAGACGAUCACAUGCAUAUAAUGAAGGGAACGAUCACACAUACCUUGUUGAUCUCAGGUGUGUUAUAUUUCUGCCAGUCCAAAAAUGCACAUUUUAACUGUUUAGUUCUUAGCAUUCAUGAAUGAUCACUUUUUUAAUGUUCCAGAUUUCCUUUAUGUAGGAUACUCAUUGCACACGUUUAUACAAAGGAACCUGAAAAAAUAAAGACGUUGCUUUAAACGGGGAUUAGGCGAUGAACGCGAUGGGGAAUACGCUCUGUGUUCAAUGAUGGCUUCUGUGGAAAGACAACAGUCACCCUGCAAACCUGAUGCCCGCACAGAGAACUGUAUUGUGUAAAGUCAGUACAAGAUGGAAAGCGAGAGUUGAAUAAAGACGUCUGAGUAACGUG